AUGCCAGACCCCGAGUGUUACAUCCGGUUCGAUCACAACCCGUACGGUGUGUACCUGGCGGGUCAAACGUUAGCGGGGCAGGUUGAGCUUCGUGUCACGGAGAUACUCAGUGUUGUAGGUGUAAGCCUACAGCUGAGCGGAGUCACGGAAAUCGAAUGGUCGGAGGUGAUUGAGUCGGCCGGUCAGCCAGGUCGUAAAACGACCCGCUACCAUGGCCAGCAGACACUCCUUAACUCCGUCAGCUUCCUGUGCGGCUCGUCCGCCGGCCCGGUCCGUGAGCUCGCCAUCGGAACGCAUACGUAUCAUUUUUCCUGUGAACUUCCCACCCACCUACCGACGGCCUUCGAGGGUUACCAUGCCCGGAUCCGGUACAUGGCACGGGUGGCUCUGCAUCGCUCCAAGCGCCACCGAUUUGCUGGCCCCUCCGCCGCCGCCGGUAGCACGGGCGAUCAGAUCGGCCAGACCAGUUUCACCGUGUUGCGCCAUCUGAACCUCAACGAACACGGCGGCGGCGGCUCGGUGCUGGCCCUGCCGGUCAAGAGUGAGCUGACGAAGGUGUUUUGCUGCGGACCGUGCUCGUCCGAGCCACUCUACAUAUCGGCCGCGAUUCCGCGAUGCGGCUACAUCUCCGGCCAGACGAUUGUGAUAAAAAUCGACGCGGUGAACCGCAGUCGGACGCGCGUCAACGAGUUCCGCAUCAAGUUGGUGCAGAAACUGAGCUACACCAGCCAACAGCCGGCGGCCGCUAGCCGGUCCGAUGCGCUGGUGGUGGCCGAAUCACGCUGUUCCGGCGUCACCUCGGGGGAGGUUAUAAAACAUCAACAGAACCUGCUCAUUCCCGCCCUGGCCCCCACGUACACGGACGGGGCGUCGAUCUUCAGCAUCGACUACGAGCUGGAGGUUGAGGCGCGGGUUACCGGGCCCAACAUCAGUCCGCGCCUGUCGAUGCCCAUCACGAUCGGUACGAUCGCACUGGAGACGUCCGCGCCGAAGGAAACGCUCAAGCCACUAACGAAGUCCCCGUGGGAUCCAUUCAGUUCCCAGCAAUACACGGACAUCAUCGGAACCCGUGUCGCGGUUGGCGGCAAUGCAGCAGCUCGACGAUCGCACACCGAGGACUCAUGCAAAGGAGCGGGUCUGGGAAACAACGUGCGACUGCACGUCGUGCACCGAAACAACGCGGCGGAUGAUGAUCACUGA